AUGUCCUCUGCAACUUCCACCACCUCUUUGCCCAGUGGCCUGGCUGUCCUGACGACUUUCCCAGAUGUGCUCUUCAUUCCUGAAAUCAUCUUUGGGGGCCUUGUCUGGAUCCUCGUGGCAUCCUCGAAGGUCCCGUCACCCAUCCUGCAAGGCUGGGUGAUGUUUGUCUCUGUGUUCUGCUUCAUCAUUUCCACCACCCUCCUGUGCCUCUACAUCUGCGGGGCGCAUGGGGGCAGCAGCUCCUGGGUCACCUUGGAUGUCAUCUGCCAGGAGACCGCAGCUUUGUUCUACCUCAGUGCUGCUGUGUUGGAAGCCUACUUCACCUAUGCCAUCGGCUUGUCUACCAGCCCUCUGAUAAUGACCAUCUACCAGGAGAACAUUGCUGCUGUGGUAUUUGCAUUCUUAGCUACCCUGAUGUACGUGGUCCAUAAGGUGUACUCACUCCUGCGAUGGAAAUCAUCCUAA